GCAACCAUUACUUUACAUAUAUAAAAGAAUGUCCAUAGAAGAAGAAGAACACAAACACUAUAGCCGCGCACUCUCUUCCUCGUACUCAAACCAAGCAACUGUUGGUGUUCCGAAAUACAUAACCAGAAUGAGCAUAGCGGUGGUGAACAGCCUCACCAUAACGGAGUUCGUGAAUGAGAAGGCGAAGUUUGACAGUUUCGUGGACGAGUGGUUUAAGACGGUGGACGAGAACGGCGAUGGGAAGCUGUCGUGCGAGGAAAUCCGUAGCGGGUUCGGGUUGCUUCUGCCGUUUGGUUCGGAUCCUCCGCCACGGCAAGAGAAUGAAGCGAUAUUCAAGAGGUUUGAUGAAGAUGGGAAUGGCGCACUGGAUCGAGAGGAGUUCAAGUCCUUGAUGACAGAGAUUAUGAAUGCUUUGGCUCGUGGAAUCGGUGGCUCUCCCAUCAUUGUUGCUCUUGGAAAAGAUAGCUUCCUCACCAAGCCUGUUCAGCAUGAAUUGGCCAGACUCUCUUCUUCGUGAAUUUAUGUUCUCGUUUUAUUCUUUCUUUACUUAUUCCUAUUCUUUCUCUCAUAUGCUUCUUUAACUUAGAUUUUUUUCUUCUCAUAUUUUGUUAUCUUUUAUUUCAUUAUUUGUC